AGUAUAGCUCGCAGUCGAUACCGCUGCUUCGUCGAGGAAACGCAAAACGAGGACGCGCGCGACGGAUAGGGGGAGGAUAAACCGAACUCUUAUAGUUGGAGAAUAAUGAGAACAGUGCUCUGGAUAUUCGAUAUCGGGUCCUUUGAUCAAGUCUCUUCCGCGGUUCUGCGUUACUGAUCUUCGCUCAAUUCGCGGACAACCGAACCCGAAGUAGAGUUAUAAGUGGCUGUCGAUGACUCGAAUAUUUAUCAGACGCGAAAUGAAGACGUUUACUCGUCCUAUUCGUUUCAUCGUGACAGCAAGUUUGCAGUGAUAUAAGACAAGGGGAAAGGAUAUUACACAAGUGUCGGAGUGUGGUGCAGUUGAGAAAUAAUUACCAAAAAUGAGUUGCAUGUCGCAAUGCGCCAAGUACUUUCUCUGCUUCUUCAACUUUAUUUUCUUUAUCGCUGGAGGAGCAGCAUUAACUGUCGGUAUUUGGCUUUUCGCUGACAGAACCUCCUUCACCAAUCUCAUCGCGAAACUCGAUCAAUCCGACUUGCUGACCAAAACGGAUGCCGAUGUCAUCAAGAUGAUGGCCUACAUUCUUAUCAUCGCUGGUGCUCUCACGUUCAUUAUCAGUUUUCUUGGGUAUUGCGGCGCUAUGUUCGAGUCCAGGUGUCUCCUCUGUGUCUACGGCAUUUUAAUCUUGGUGGUUUUGAUCCUGGAGUGUGUGGUAGUCGGCCUCGCUUUUGGACUUAAAGGAGACGUCGAAAAAGGUACGCAGGACUUCUUGAAAGAUACCAUCACUAAAUAUUAUGCGACCACCAGCGAUAAAAUUGAUACUAUGACAGUCGCGUGGGAUGGUAUCAUGAGUAAGCUCCAUUGUUGCGGCGUGGAAAAUUAUCGAGACUUUAGCGAAAAUAAGAACUGGACUACAAUGGUCGGAAAAAUGGUCCCUGAUGCCUGCUGUAUAAAAGAAAAUGACGUUCUGAAAGAUUCCACAUGUCCAAUAAAUCCCACCUCGUUUAAUACGUACCAAACGGGUUGCUACAAGGCCAUAAUGACAGCAAUCGAGGAGAAUGCAGCGAUUGUAAUCGGUGUGGCCGCUACCUUGGUCUUCGUCGAGGUCCUGGUGAUUAUUCUGGCGUUGUACCUAGCUUGCUGCUAUUGGCGCCCACAACAUGUUUAUCGAUGCGUAGAACCUUCUGGCAAGGAGUAACCUCGAGAGCAGAAUGUGCUAAGCUUUCUGCCAGCAGUUCUUUUGAACUCAGUUUCUAUUUCUUUAAGGACUUUGCGAAUACCUCGAUUGUGUUUAUACGUGUAUAUUUAAUAUACGUAUGUAACACAUAUAAUGUAAGUACAUAUACAUGCAUAUAUAUAUAUAUAUAUAUGCAUAUAUGUAUGUACAUGCUUUCGUGUACUUUCCAAUGCAAUGGUGACGCAAGUUGAAUCCGAUGGCAUCGUACCGCAUCGUGCGCUUUGAUCGCAUCAGAACUAUAACGUAACGAGAAUCGAAGGAUUGCGGAUCAAAAAAGCUAUUUAACUAAUUAUAUAUAUCCGAUCGACAGAGCGAUCGUUGAUCAAAAUGGCUAAUCACGAUCGCUGUAAUGAAAUAUUGCCUUCGAUCGCUUGCAUGUUAACGUCGUAUGAAUUUCAACGGAAAUCGCGUUGAGCGAAAAACGCAUAGAGGAUCAUUCAUGAUCUUUGUCAAUGCGAGAGCUUUGGAGUUACAUGUGCCAAAUUAUACCACGCGGUUAAUCGUGGAAAUGUGAGUCACUUGUCAAGCGCCGCUUUACCUCGGUGUUUAAGUAUCAAUGUAUCAAACGCAUUCGCUUUCACCGAGAUUGAUU